CUAGCUAGUUCUCACACAAUAACCCUAUCACAGGUUCAUUUCAAUAUGGCAUUCUUGCCAAAAUUUUCACCUUUCACCAUUCUUAGUUUACUGUUAUUAGUGGUUGGAGUCAUUGUGUCUAGGGCUGAAGCUAGGCCAAGAGCAUUCUUUGUAUUUGGAGAUUCACUUGUCGAUAAUGGAAACAACAAUUACUUGGCUACCACUGCACGAGCUGAUGCUCCUCCUUAUGGCAUUGAUUACGCUCCAAAUCACAGACCAACUGGUCGUUUCUCCAAUGGCUACAACAUUCCUGACUUUAUCAGUCAGCGACUUGGUGCUGAGUCUACAUUGCCAUAUUUGAGUCCCGAGUUGACAGGAAAUAAGCUCCUAGUUGGUGCCAAUUUCGCUUCAGCAGGAAUUGGCAUACUUAAUGACACUGGAAUUCAGUUUGUAAACGUGAUCAGAAUGUAUAGACAGCUAGAAUAUUUUCAGGAGUACCAGAACCGAGUGAGUUCUUUGAUUGGAGCUUCACAGGCAAAGCGUUUAGUGAAUCAAUCACUAGUUCUGAUUACAGUAGGUGGCAAUGAUUUUGUGAACAACUACUACUUGGUGCCCAAUUCAGCAAGGUCUCGCCAAUAUCCACUUCCUCAAUAUGUGACAUAUCUCAUCUCAGAGUACAAAAAGCUUUUGCAGAAGCUGUAUGAUCUUGGAGCUAGGAGAGUUCUUGUGACAGGCACAGGACCUUUGGGUUGUGUCCCUUCAGAACUGGCCCAACGAGGCAGAAAUGGAGAAUGUGCUGCUGAACUACAACAAGCAGCAGAAUUGUUUAACCCACAACUGGAACAAAUGUUGCUACAACUCAACAGGAAACUUGGAAAGGACGUUUUCAUUGCUGCAAACACAGGAAAAAUGCACAACAAUUUCGUUACUAACCCCGAACAGUUUGGGUUUAUUACGGCAAAAGUAGCUUGUUGUGGACAAGGACCCUACAAUGGUCUUGGAUUGUGCACACCACUCUCCAACCUGUGCCCUAACAGGGCGCAGUAUGCAUUUUGGGAUGCAUUCCACCCAUCUCAAGAGGCCAACAGACUUAUUGUGGAGGAAAUCAUGUCAGGUUCUGAAGCUUACAUGAAUCCUAUGAACCUUAGCACCAUCUUGGCUUUGGAUGCUAUCACCACUUGAAGACAAGCGAACAUGAUCAUCGUUUGAUGUUAUACUUGUUUUAUAGUUUAUUAGUUGUAAUUGUGAGAACUGUAUUCCUCCGUAUAAGAGAGGAACAAAACUUAAGAAAAUAACUUGGGUUUUACCAAAAGUUACUGUGGAGGAUAUAAAAGGCUACACCGAUUCCAAAAGCUACAUCAUGUUCCACUGUCAGUUUUUUCCCAUUCUGUGGAGGGCACCCAAAGUACUGAAUGGAUUAAAUACGUUUUUGUU